AUGGCCUCCAAGACCCUCCUCGUCGCCCUCGGCGCUGCGAACCUCGCCUCCGCCCACUUCGGUCUCACAUAUCCUUCGUGGCGCGCCGACACCCUCACGGAGAGCAACGACACGACCUACUCGCAGUGGACAUACCCAUGUGCCGGCGUCCCUUACGGCACGGGCAACGUCACCGACUGGCCCAUCGACGGCGGCUCCGUUGAGCUCGACCUGCACCACGAGUGGACCUACAUCUUCAUCAACCUCGGACUCGAGGCCAACGGCAACGUCUCGACGCACAACAUCUCCCUGACCCCGGAGUUCUGGAACGCCACCGGCUCCGGCACCCUCUGCGUUGAGAAGCUGAGCGUGCCCACGCCCCUGAAGGACGGCCAGCGUGGUAGUCUGCAGGUUAUCACCGUUGGUGAAUCGGGUGCUGGCCUGUACAACUGCGCCGACAUCCGCUUCACUUCCAACGCCACCACUCUCUCCUCGGAGCAGUGCAAGACCGAGGGCGUCACGGUCCACCCCAUCAAGGAGCAGAGCGAGAACGGCACCAGCGACAGCGGAAACAGCACGGGUAACUCGACUGGCGGCGGCGGUGGCUCAAGCGGUGCGGCCGGCAGCGGCACCCAUAUGCUUGCCCUCACCUCCGUCGUUAGUCUUAGCAUGGCCUUCGUCUUUGGCAUGAGCCUGUAA